AAACGCAGUACACGCAGGUUUUCCGUGCUGGGAAGUGCCAGCGAGCGGUGCUCACGUUCCAAGACUUCCAAAUAGAGGCUCGCAGCGAAGACGAAGAAGAAAAGUGCGACGACGGCUUCCUGGAGAUCCGCUCUGACGUCUCCGUGCCCGAAGGGCAAAUAUUUUGUGGUGAAGAAAUUGAGAAAGGAACAGCGUUCAAAAGUGACAAGUCGGAGCUCAUCCUUCAUUACAUGAACGGAGACUACACUGGCAUGGAAAACGAAAACAGAGGCUACAAGGCUACUUUCACCACCGAGGCCAUACCCACCUGCAGUUGAUUGGGUUUCAUUCACCGGCUGGAAUGUCAUGAGGACUGGGUACCACAAUGAACAUUAAACGAAUAGUGUUGUGUUUUUGAAGCGUGUGAAAAAUGACUUGCAAGUUC